AUGGGGCAACUUGGUGUUGGGCACAAGCGUCAGGUUGGUCUCGAAAAGGGGUUUGCUGAGUGGAAUCCCACGGAUGCCUGGUGGGGCCAUGGCGGGGGGACUAUUUGUGGUAUUGUGUGCGGGUUUAACCACACGGUGUUGCAGCUCACGUGUGGGUCGUUGCUUUCCUUUGGUAGCAAUAGAUGGGGGGAGCUUGGGAUCGGCUCCACGGUUUCUCCCAUGGAACCCACACGCAUCCGAUACUUUGAAAAGAAGGGGAUAGGGAUCAUCAAGGUGGCGGCGGGGAAUGACUUUUCGCUCUUUUUAAGCAACGAUAGGAGGAUGUACGGCUGCGGCCCGACAAAUGCCGGGCAGCUGCCGCCAAACGAGUUUGAUCCUGUCCCCGUGCCCCUCAUCCGAAGCUUUCAGCACGGCCCCCACCGUAUAGGGGCCAAGCUGAUUCGGAUUAAAGACAUUGCCUGCGUUAGGUCCAUGGCUGUGUUUCUCAGCGCCAGGAAUGAGCUGUUGGUGCAGGGCGCGUUGCCAGACUACGGUUUUCAGAUCUCUGCACCGCGUUUUGAAACGGUAAGCCAGAAGCCUGCUCUUGAGUAUUUCCGCUCUCGGCUUCCCAAGGCGGUGGCGGGGAACGAUGGCGGCUUUGAUGCUGACCGGCUCGUGCAGGGCCCAUCGACGCUGCUAGUUGUUUACCGCAACGGCUGCGUGGCCGGCCUUGGCGCCAAUACGGAGGGCCAGCUGCAGAGCAUUCGAAGGUCUUGGAAAGGAAAGGAAAGGAAGCCAACCUCGCCACGGCCUUUGCCGCGGACGCGCUGCUUCCUGUGCUUGUGCCCGCCAAGGCGCCCGCGGCUGAGGGGGGCGCCGCUCCUUGGCUGA